AUGGUGUUCUGCUCUGAUGAUGUUCGUCACAUGGCGAACGAAAAAUCUGCAAGGAUUCAUCGGGUCCGACGGGCGGAGCGCCGGGUACCUAUUAGCACAAAUCUACAACGACAGCUCCAAGGUAAUCCCCUACAGUCUCCGGUAGAACCAACUUACGAAUUCCUUCCACUCGCCUCUUCAAAUGAAAUGAAAGCUAUUCCAAGAUAA